CAUUUUGAAGGGUUAUAAGAUAUCUCCGCGAGGCUGCCGACCUGCUGCUCUGAUCUGUAGUUCUGCAUUGUGCAAUGGACGGCCGUUUAGAGACUGAAUUGUAUCCUCUGGGAUCUCGUUACGUCGCUGAAAUAGACAGUGUCCACGACAUAGCGGUUGGCACAAAGAGGGGGUCUGACGAGCUCUUCUCCUCCUGCCUGUCCAACGGAUCCUAUAUCAUGAGCGCCAAUGGCAACGACAGUAAGAAAUUCAAAGGUGACAUCAGAAGUCCUGGCGUUCCGUCGCGUGUGGUGCAUGUGCGCAAGCUUCCCAACGAUAUCAACGAGGCCGAGGUCAUCUCCCUGGGACUGCCGUUCGGGAAGGUGACCAAUCUGCUGAUGCUGAAGGGCAAGAACCAGGCCUUCCUGGAGAUGAGCUCGGAGGAGACGGCUCAGACCAUGGUCAGCUACUACUCGUCUGUGCCGCCCGUGGUCAGGAACCACCCCGUGUACAUGCAGUACUCCAAUCACAAGGAGCUGAAGACCGACAACUCGCCCAAUCAGGUGAGGGCCCAGGCGGCGCUGCAGGCGGUGAACGCGGUGCAGGCGGGCGGCGUGGUGGCCAUGGACCCGGCGGGGAUGGGCGGGCAGAGCCCUGUGCUGCGCGUCAUCGUGGAGAACCUGUUCUACCCCGUCACCCUGGACGUCCUGCACCAGAUCUUUUCCAAGUUCGGCACGGUGCUGAAGAUCAUCACUUUCACCAAAAAUAACCAGUUCCAAGCACUGCUCCAGUAUGCCGACGCUCUGACCUCACAGCACGCCAAACUGUCUCUGGACGGGCAGAACAUCUACAACGCCUGCUGCACUCUGCGGAUCAGCUUCUCCAAGCUCACCAGCCUGAACGUGAAGUACAACAACGACAAGAGCCGGGACUACACGCGGCCGGACCUGCCCACGGGCGACAGCCAGCCCCCCCUGGACCACCACGCCAUGGCGGCCUUCGGUGCUCCUGGGAUCAUCUCUGCGUCGCCCUACGGAGGCGCUGCCCACGCCUUCCCCCCCGCCUUCGCCAUUCAGCAGGCAGGUCUGGCGGUGUCGGGGGUCCCAGGGGCGCUGGCGUCUCUGAGCAUGCCUGGUGCUGCUGCUGCUGCCGCUGCUGCUGCCAGUAGACUGGGCCUGUCGGGCCUUGGCCCCGCCCACUGCGUCCUGCUGCUUAGCAACCUGAACCCUGAGAGCGUAACGCCCAAUUGCCUCUUUACUCUGUUCGGUGUGUACGGGGACGUCAUGAGGGUGAAGAUCCUGUUCAACAAGAAGGACAACGCCCUGGUGCAGAUGGCUGACGGGACCCAGGCUCAGCUCGCGAUGAGCCACCUGAACGGACAGAAGCUCCACGGGAAGGCGAUCCGCGUGACUCUGUCCAAGCACACCACGGUGCAGCUGCCCCGGGAGGGGCAUGAGGACCAGGGCCUGACCAAAGACUACAGCACCUCCCCCCUGCACCGCUUCAAGAAGCCCGGCUCCAAGAACUACCAGAACAUCUUCCCCCCGUCCGCCACCCUGCACCUCUCCAACAUCCCGCCCUCGGUGGUGGAAGAUGAUCUGAGGUCGCUGUUUGCCAGCUCUGGUGCCUUGGUCAAGGCCUUCAAGUUUUUCCAGAAAGACCGUAAGAUGGCGCUGAUCCAGAUGGGCUCAGUAGAGGAGGCCAUUGAGUCACUGAUCGAGUUCCACAACCACGACCUGGGCGAGAACCACCACCUGCGUGUCUCCUUCUCAAAGUCCACCAUCUGAGGAGGCCACGCCCAGACAACCCCCACACCCGCCCACUAUCAUCCCUCUGUAUAUAUAUGUAAUACACACGUACACACACACACACACACACACACACACGUAAAGCCUUUAUAUAU